AUGACAAAGAAAACAGAUGAAAAUCCACAACAGUUGCAACAACGUAAAGAUCAGGUGAUUCAAGCACGAGAAAUGUUAAAAGCUAAAUUUCCAGAAGAACAUUUUCGUAUUACUGACCUCAGUGAUGCAAAAAGAGAACGUAUGGCUAUUAUUAAAUACUUACAUAAUUAUAUAACUGGAGAAUUGUAUGUUAAUAUUAUUAAGGAAAUUGCAAUUUAUACGGAUAAGCUACCAGGCAAGAACUACGAACUUCUAGAUGUUCCUGGUUUUGACUCCCCCAUUAAAGAACAUCGUGAUGCCGGCUUACAAGCUAUAAAAACAGCUGACGCUUUCCUUUUUCUUACCAACGGUCAACAACCAAGUCUAACUGAACCACAGAUCCGUCUUCUCCACGAAAUUCAACAAAAUCACUUUGAAGCAAUGCAACGUGCGUUCGGUAUCAUCACCAAACUUGACUUAUGUCAAACUCCAACAAUCUAUCAAGAACAUUAUGAUAAAGCUUCUACUGAACUCAUUGAUAAACAUUUUAAACCAGAACAUAUUUAUGCUGCCUGUCCACGGAUACAAAUUCUGGAUGAAAACUCCGAAGAAUUUCGUGUUAUUAAUCGUAAACUACAUAGUUUUGGUGGCGAUUUGGAACAGGGAUUUGAACGAAGUAAAGAUGGUCUCAAUAAAUUUAUUGAAUUUGAAUUACCGAAAACACAUUUGAAACAACUAGUUAAUUUGGGACGGAUGCGAUUGGUUCGACAUGUGUUGGAACGACUUGAUAAAAUCAAGCAAACUCAACUCUGGCCACAGAAUCUGGCUAUGACGUCAAUUGAUGAGUAUAUUAAACAACACAACACCGAGAAUUGGGACCAAGUUUACUAUGAAUAUAUCUUUCAACCUGCUUUUGCCAAAGCCAAUCACUGGCAUACUACUAUUGUUACUAAAGAACGUGCAAAAUUUGUUGAUAAUGUUAAAAAGAAAUUCCAUGACUCUUUUCUCGACCUUACCGACGAAUUUCUUAAAUACACACAUCCCAUUGAACAACUGAUGUUUGAAGCACAUGGUUACUCAAAACUUCAGUUGAAUUCACAUCCAACAGAUAACGAUGUACGCGAAAGACUAAGUAUUGAACUGGAGAAAAUUGUUGGCCAAACAUCAAAUAUUCUUGCAGAACAUUUCUAUCAUCAAUAUAUCUGUGAACUGGAAAAUAUUCUCAAUGAUAUUUGCCCACAAUUGAAAGAUUUAUAUCGUACAAAGUUAACAUUGGAAAAGUGUACACAUGAAACAUAUGCAUUAAUUCUAAGAGUUUGUCGUCCCGUAAUUAUGGCAACUCUGAGAUAUUCACAUUUAGAUUUGCCCGUUAAACAGGAUGCAAUUAAUGAAUUGAUCUAUAUUGCGCCGACUGUAGCAUUUAAUAUAGCGAAUAUUCCAGAUCAAGAUGGUGAUGUCGGAAUACUUGGUAAGGAAAUACCCAAAUCAGCGGAAUUAUUGGCUAAUAGAAGUGAGAUGACAACGUCGCUUAUUAAAACACUUUUCAAAUAA